UCAGCUGGCUCCAUGGAACCCCACCGCUCCCUGGCCCUGCUGGUUGGCUGCCUGGGUUUGCUGUCGACCCUGGUAGCUCUGAGCACCGAUUACUGGAUCGUGGCCAAGGGGCCGCAUUUCUCGACUCACACGGGGCUCUGGCCCCAAGCAGCUGGGGACCCAGUGGCAGGCUACAUCCACGCGACACAGACCUUCAGCAUCCUGGCUGCCCUGUUUGCCCUGGUAGCUGCGGGGUUCCUGGUGCUGUCUUAUUUCGCCUCACUGUCAGCCCCAGGCAACGGUCCCCUGGUGUCCACCAUCACAUCCUUCGCUGCCGUCCUGUGUGUGAUCGUGGCCAUGGCGGUGUACACCAGCGAGCGGUGGGACCAGACCCCGCACCCCCAGGUCCAGACUUUCUUCUCCUGGUCCUUCUACCUGGGUUGGGUCUCGGCCAUCCUACUUCUCUGUGCAGGUGCCCUGAGUCUGACUGCACACUGCAACAGCCGCCGGGCCGGCUAUGAAGGACUGUGAAACUGCGGGCGAGUUUGGAGUCUGCUGAGGCCUGGUCUCACCUCCACCCCCACCCCUCCCCAGCCUUUCCCCAGCACCCUUGAAUAUUCUUUCAUUCAUUCAACAAAGAUUGGUUUGGAAUCUG